UGCUGCCAGGGACCUAGGUUUGCGUGGAACAGGGGCCGUGAUGCGUCCACAUCGUUUGCAUCUUAUCGAUGGGCUUAUCCAUUCUCAUGAAUUAGUACGGUCCAGUUUCAGCAUUUAUAUUAGGUUCUUGCACUCUGAGCAGUUCUUGAUAAUAUCAAUCUUUCUUAUAUCUUGCAAAUUGCUUCAAGUGUUUGACGACUAACUUGUGUGUUCCUCGUCUGCUUUGCUUUCGUCCUUGCUGCUGGAUGCUGCUGUCAACUUACUCUUGGCGUGUGUCUUCACAGUGCUCGCUGGACUUGCGUGUAUGUUCUCCACGAGCGUUCUUUUGCAAAUCCUGGCAUGUGCUUUGUACAACAACUGGUGGCCUAUGUUAGCAGCACUCAUGUAUAUCAUUGUGCCAAUGCCAUGCCUGUUCUUUGGCGACGGAUCCACACGGUUCUUGAGUAGCGGAGAGGGUGGAGCCUGGAUGAAAGCCGCAAAGUUCUUGACCGGCAUGUCUGCCAUGGGAAGCCUCGCCAUCCCGGCGAUCCUGAGGCACGCUGGCCUGAUCGAGACGGGGGCCAUGUUCAUCGAGUUCACCUCCUUCUUCAUCCUGGUGUGCACGGUUCUGUGCUUCCACAGGGCUACCCUGGACGAGGAGUGGUAAAGGCUCGCGCAAGGCCACAAGGAGUGCCCGAGAGAAGAACGCCUGUUAGGAUGUGGAAAAGAAAUCCCUUGGUGGGAGGGAGCUAACGUGGAACUGUGUACAAAGAAGCGUGCUUCAAGCGCUUGACUACUGUAUUUAUGUAUACGCGUACCCGAGAUUCGGUAAUCUAGUUGGUAAUCUGUGCUGAACCGGUCGUGUGAAGCAUAUAUGAUUCGGCGCAGUUGAUUGACGCAAAGCAGUCUUUCUAUGGUCGGUUUGACACUUGUGCAUUCAGAAUCUGCACUUGCAGUAUGGUACAAACUAUUGGAUGGAAUGAAGUGACAAUAUUUUGUUUA